GCAGCCCGAGCAUCCCUGCUCAGCCGGAGAGGGAGCAUCGCCGAGAGUUCCCGUCCCCUCGGCCAUUCCCUUCCCCCCUCCUUUUCUUUAUUUGCGAGAGAAUUUCAGCUGCCUUAUUGGUUUCGUUUGAUUUGGAAACAUUUUUGGUUGCUUUGUGUGUGUGUGUGUGUCCUGUUUUUUUUUUUUUUUCUUUCCUCGUUUUAUUUGCAUCCAGAGCAUGGCGGGCUGCGGGCUGUCGGAAGACACCUUCCUCUCCUCCUUCUUUUACAACUACGGCUCCUCCUGGGAAACCCCUUCCAACCAGGUUUUUUGCGAAAAUCAGUGAACUAAUAUUGGUAAAAUUGGAGCCCCAUGGAUGAAGGGUACUUUUGUGCUGCUCUGGUUGGUGAGGACCAGCCUCUUUGCCCAGAUCUUCCUGAACUUGACCUUUCUGAACUUGAUGUGAAUGACUUGGACACAGACAGCUUUCUGGGUGGAUUGAAGUGGUGUAGCGACCAAUCGGAAAUCAUAUCCAACCAGUACAACAAUGAGCCUGCGAACAUAUUCGAGAAGAUAGAUGAAGAGAAUGAGGCAAACUUGCUAGCGGUCCUCACAGAGACACUGGACAGUCUCCCCGUGGAUGAAGACGGAUUGCCCUCAUUUGAUGCACUGACAGAUGGAGCCGUGACCACUGACAACGAGGCCAGUCCUUCCUCCAUGCCUGACGGCACCCCUCCCCCUCAGGAGGCAGAAGAGCCGUCUCUACUUAAGAAGCUCUUACUGGCACCAGCCAACACUCAGCUCAGCUACAAUGAAUGCAGCGGUCUUAGCACUCAGAACCAUGCAAACCACACCCACAGGAUCAGAACAAACCCUGCCAUUGUUAAGACCGAGAAUUCAUGGAGCAAUAAAGCAAAGAGCAUUUGUCAACAGCAAAAGCCACAAAGACGUCCCUGCUCAGAGCUUCUCAAGUAUCUGACCACAAACGAUGACCCUCCUCACGCCAAACCCACAGAGAACAGGAACAGCAGCAGAGACAAAUGCGCUUCCAAAAAGAAGUCCCAUACACAACCGCAGUCGCAACAUGCUCAAGCCAAACCAACAACUUUAUCUCUUCCUCUGACCCCAGAGUCACCAAAUGACCCCAAGGGUUCCCCAUUUGAGAACAAGACUAUUGAGCGAACCUUAAGUGUGGAACUCUCUGGAACUGCAGGCCUAACUCCUCCCACGACUCCUCCUCACAAAACCAACCAAGAUAACCCUUUCAAGGCUUCGCCGAAGCUGAAGCCCUCUUGCAAGACGGUGGUGCCACCGCCAACCAAGAGGGCCCGGUACAGUGAGUGUUCUGGCACCCAAGGCAGCCACUCCACCAAGAAAGGGCCCGAGCAAUCCGAGUUGUACGCACAACUCAGCAAGUCCUCAGGGCUCAGCCGAGGACACGAGGAAAGGAAGACUAAACGGCCCAGUCUCCGGCUGUUUGGUGACCAUGACUACUGUCAGUCACUCAAUUCCAAAACAGAUAUACUCAUUAACAUAUCACAGGAGCUCCAAGACUCUAGACAACUAGACUUCAAAGAUGCCUCCUGUGACUGGCAGGGGCACAUCUGUUCUUCCACAGAUUCAGGCCAGUGCUACCUGAGAGAGACUUUGGAGGCCAGCAAGCAGGUCUCUCCUUGCAGCACCAGAAAACAGCUCCAAGACCAGGAAAUCCGAGCGGAGCUGAACAAGCACUUCGGUCAUCCCUGUCAAGCUGUGUUUGACGACAAAUCAGACAAGACCAGUGAACUAAGGGAUGGCGACUUCAGUAAUGAACAAUUCUCCAAACUACCUGUGUUUAUAAAUUCAGGACUAGCCAUGGAUGGCCUAUUUGAUGACAGUGAAGAUGAAAGUGAUAAACUGAGCUACCCUUGGGAUGGCACGCAGCCCUAUUCAUUGUUCGAUGUGUCGCCUUCUUGCUCUUCCUUUAACUCUCCGUGUCGAGAUUCAGUGUCACCACCGAAAUCCUUAUUUUCUCAAAGACCUCAAAGGAUGCGCUCUCGUUCAAGAUCCUUUUCUCGACACAGGUCGUGUUCCCGAUCACCAUAUUCCAGGUCAAGAUCAAGGUCCCCAGGCAGUAGAUCCUCUUCAAGAUCCUGUUACUACUACGAAUCAAGCCACUACAGACACCGCACACACCGCAAUUCUCCCUUGUAUGUGAGAUCACGUUCAAGGUCACCCUACAGCCGUAGGCCCAGGUAUGACAGCUAUGAAGCCUAUGAGCACGAGAAGCUGAAGAGGGAUGAAUACCGCAGAGAGUAUGAGAAGCGGGAGUCUGACAGGGCCAAGCAGAGAGAGAGGCAGAAGCAGAAAGCAAUUGAAGAGCGCCGAGUGAUUUAUGUUGGUAAAAUCAGACCUGACACAACGCGGACAGAGCUGAGAGACCGCUUUGAAGUUUUUGGUGAAAUUGAGGAAUGCACCGUAAAUCUGCGGGAUGAUGGAGACAGCUAUGGUUUCAUCACCUACCGUUACACCUGUGACGCUUUCGCUGCUCUUGAGAAUGGAUAUACUUUACGCAGGUCGAACGAAACGGACUUCGAGCUGUACUUUUGUGGACGGAAGCAAUUUUUCAAGUCUAACUAUGCAGACCUAGAUUCAAACUCAGACGAUUUUGACCCUGCUUCCACCAAGAGCAAGUAUGACUCUCUGGAUUUUGAUAGUUUACUGAAGGAAGCUCAGAGAAGCUUGCGCAGGUAACGUGUUCCCAGGCUGAGGAAUGACAGAGAGAUGGUCAAUACCUCAUGGGACAGCGUGUCCUUUCCCAAGACUCUUGCAAGUCAUACUUAGGAAUUUCUCCUACUUUACACUCUCUGUACAAAAAUAAAGCAAACAACAACAACAACAACAAUAACAACAACAACAACAACAACAACAAUAACAACAACAACCAUACCAGAACAAGAACAACAACGGUUUACAUGAACACAGCUGCUGAAGAGGCAAGAGACAGAAUGAUAAUCCAGUAAGCACACGUUUAUUCAUGGGUGUCAGUUUUGCUUUCCCUGAAGGCUCUUGGUGACAGUGUGUGCGUGUGUGUGUGUGUGUGUGUGUGUGUGCGUGCAUAUGUGUGUGUGUGUGUUUAUGUGUGUGUACUUGUUUGGGAAGUACAUAUGUACACAUGUGAGGACUUGGGGGCACCUGACCAGAACGAACAAGGGAGAACCCCUUCAAAUGGCAGCAUUUCCAUGAAGACACACUUAAAACCUACAACUUCAAAAUGUUCGUAUUCUAUACAAAAGGAAAAUCAAUAAAUAUAAAUUAAAAGGAAAGAAAACUCACAAGCCACCCUAAAAUGACACUGCUGAUGCCUGUUGUCAGCCUCUGGUACCGUCUUUUCAGAAAGUGCAAAACCCAGAAAGUGAAAACCAACCUGCAGAGCAAGCUCUCUCUCUCUUAAUGUAAUGAGUACAUGACAAUCCCGAAGACACUACAGGUUGCAUAGAACUCAUAUCCACCUCUCUCUCUCUCUCUCUCUCUCUCUCUCUCUCUCUCUCUCUCUCUCGCUCCUCUCCCCCCUCUCCCUCCUUUGCCAUUGAAUCUGGGUGGGAGAGGAUACUGCAGGCACCAGAUGCUAAACUUUCCUAACAUUUUGAAGUUUCUGUAGUUUGUCCUUUGUCCUGACACCUAUGUAUAUGUCCAAAAUGUUGAUCUUCCACUGCAGAUUUUGAAAAGCCUUGUUAUUGGUCAAGCGGGGAGUGUGUUCAGUGGCUCCUUCUGAGGAGCAGAUGCGGUGUUACAUGACUACCGAGAGUUGAGUAGAACUCUCUGGAUGUGUUCAGAUAGUGUAAUUGCUACAUUCUCUGAUGUAGUUAAGUAUUUACAGAUGUUAAAUGGAGUAUUUUUAUUUUAUGUACAUACUCUACAACUAUGUUCUUUUUUGUUACAGCUAUGCACUGUAAAUGCAGCCUUCUUUUCAAAACUGCUAAAUUUUUCUUAAUCAAGAAUAUUCAAAUGUAAUUAUGAGGUGAAACAAUUAUUGUACACUAACAUAUUUAGAAGCUAAACUUACUGCUUAUAUAUAUUUGAUUGUAAAAAAAAAAACAAAACAAACAAAACAAAAGACAGUGUGUGUGUGUGUCCGUUGAGUGCAAGUCCAACAAAAUGGCGCUUCACGCACAUCCAUCCCUUCUUAGGUGAGCUUCAAUCUAAGCAUCUUGUCAACAACAACAACAAUCCUAGGCCCCUCAAGGUAUUAACCACUUCUGCAAUAUUUUUCCACAUUUUCUUGUUGCUUGUUUUUCUUUGAAGUUUUAUACACUGGAUUUGUUAGGGGAAUGAAAUUUUCUCAUCUAAAAUUUUUCUAGACAAUAUCAUGAUUUUAUGUAAAGUCUCUCAAUGGGGAACCAUUAAGAAAUGUUUUUAUUUUCUCUAUCAACAGUAGUUUUGAAACUAGAGGUCAAAAAAAAUCUUUUUAAAAUGCUGUUUUGUUUUAAUUUUUGUGAUUUUAAUUUGAUACAAAAUGCUGAGGUAAUAAUUACAGUAUGAUUUUUACAAUAAUCAAUGUGUGUCUGAAGACUAUCUUUGAAGCCAGUAUCUCUUUCCCUUGGCAGAGUAUGAUGAUGGUAUUUAAUCUGUAUUUUUUACAGUUAUACAUCCUGUAAAAUACUGAUAUUUCAUUCCUUUGUUUACUAAAGAGACAUAUUUAUCAGUUGCAGAUAGCCUAUUUAUUAUAAAUUAAGAGAUGAUGAAAAUAAUAAGGUCAGUGGAGACUUUCUACCCAGGGUGCAUGGCGGUUGUCAGGUUGGAGUGUACUUCUUCAUUUGGGAAACUCAGCUCUCACAGAAGCAGUGUUCCAUCUCUCACUAACAUGGCCUCUGAUACGACCAUGGUGUUGUUCUUGGUGACAUUGCUUCUGCUAAAUUUAAUAUUAAUAAUAAUAAAUGUCAGAAAAAAAAAAACCUCCAUUUUGAGCAUCAGGAUUUCAUCUGAGUAUGGAGUCCCUGCUAUGGGAGUCACUAAACUUUGGAGUGUGUAUUUGAUUUCCAAAUUGAGAUGCAUUUACUGUUUGGCUGACAUGAAUUUUCUGGAAGAUGUGAUAGACCUACUACUGAACCGUUUUGGGGUUUUGUUUUUUUUUUUUGUUGUUUUUUUUUCUCUCACCCAACACGAUCUUACAAAAUGGGUUUCACCCCCAGGCCAAUGCAGCUAAUUUUGACAGCUGCAUUCAUUUAUCACCAGCAUAUUGUGUUCUGAGUGAAUCCACUGUCUGUCCUGUCGAAUGCUUGCUCAAGUGUUUGGCUUAUUAUUUCUAAGUAGAUAGAAAGCAAUAAAUAACUAUGAAAUAAAAAAAGAAUUGUGUUCACAGGUUCUGCGUUACAACAGUAACACAUCUUUAAUCCGCCUAAUUCUUGUUCUGUAGGUUAAAUGCAGGUAUUUUAACUCUUUGUGAACGCCAAACUAAAGUUUACAGUCUUUCUUUCUGAAUUUUGAGUAUCUUCUGUUGUAGAAUAAUAAUAAAAAGACUAUUAAGAGCAAUAAAUUAUUUUUAAGAAAUCAAUAUUUAGUAAAUCCUGUUAUGUGUUUAAGGACCAGAUGCGUUCUCUAUUUUGCCUUUAAAUUUUUGUGAUCCAACUUUAAAUACAUACGUUCUCUUGUUUGCCCUGGAUCAUGGACAUGACUGAAAUAUUGUGGUUUCUUUUCUUACUUAUCAAAAGACAACACUACAGAUUUCAUGUUGAGGAUUCAUUGAGCUCUCACCCUCUGGCCUGACAAAUCUUGUUACCAUGAAGAUAGUUUCCUCCGUGGACUUCAAAUUGCAUCUAAAAUUAGUGAAGCUUUUGUAUCUUAUGCAGACACUGUGGGUAGCCCAUCAAAAUAUAAGCUGUAAGCUUUGUUCCUUUCUUUCUUUUUUUAUUUUAUUUUAUUUAUUUUUUUUACUUCUUUUGGGAGAGAAUAUUUCCAACAAACACAUGCACCCCACCAACAGGGGAGGCAAAUUUCAGCAUAGAUCUAUAAGACUUCAGAUGAUCAUGGGCCAUUGCCUUCAUGCUGUGGUAAGUACUACAUCUACAAUUUUGGUACCCGAACUGGUGCUUUAGAAAUGCGGGGUUUUUAUUUAAAAAAAAAAAAAAAGAAGAAAUGUAGCAGAAUAAUUCUUUUAGUGCAACAACUCAGUUUUUUUAAAGGACUCUGAGAACACUUGGGCUGUCAACAUUCAAAGCAACAGAGAGGGAACCUGGCACUAUUGGGGUAAAGUGUUUGGGUCAGUUGAAAAAAAAAAA